GUAUCAAGCCAUGGAUGUACAACAAACGGGCCUCCUAUGUUCAAUAUACCCUACCUUAUUCAUAGUACAGCUUAUUAUUUCUUUUUUUUUGGGCUGUGGAUAAAGCUGAGCAAUGGCAGACAGACAUCAUCGCGAGUCUGUCAUCCCUGUUGUGAAGUCGCAAGGGACGCCGCCGUCGGUAAUUUGUGUCGUAGUCGCGAUCGUCUUUUUGGUCAUUGGUGGCCUCGUUGGUAUAGCGAUUCAUAUCUUUACAUCAGUCCACGUCCCAUCAACAGUGAUCGUCGAACCCGUACGCGACCACGGAGUAGAGGCAGCAUUGGUAGUGAUUCCAGGAGCAGAGAUCCGUGGGGAAGCAUACCUUCCUCUUACGGAGAGGAUCCAGCGUCAGUCUCCGUUAAGGCUGUGGGUCGCUCUGACGACAGACUACUUGGAGAAUCGGCCGUUCCUUCCUGAGAUUUCUCUCAAGAUAAACAAUUCCAUAGUCGAUCUUGUAAGGUCUGGUAUGCCGGCUAACACACCGAUGUUUUUCGCAGGCCAUUCCCUUGGAGGUGUGUUUUUGCAGAGCUAUGUCAACAGUAAUCCGUCUGCUGCACAAGGCUUAAUGUUAUGGGGUUCAUACCUAACCGGGGCUUCGGCUGAUCUGGCUGCAUUCCCAACCCCUAUCAUGCAUCUGAGUGGGGAUCUAGAUGGUCAAGUUAGGAUCACGAGAUUGGAAAAACCAUUCAGGGAAUUAGAAACACUGCAGACCGAGGACCCAGCAGCUCUUGCAACUAAACCAGUAAUUGUCAUGGAGGGAGUUAAUCACUUUCAGUUCGCUUCCGGAGAAGUUCCCCCAGAGGUUGUUGAGAGGGAUAUUCCCUCUGAGCUUACUGCUACUGAAGCCUGGUCAUUGUUGGCAGAGGUAAUAAGUGACUUCAUGUCGUAUAACAUGGAUUUGAACAAGGGCACAGCGUUUCAGAACUUAGAAGCUCGCCAUUUUGAAACAAAAUUGAAGAUGGCGCCACUUUCUACAUUCAAGGAUAUCGAAUGGAACGGGGAAGCUUCACCGUGGAUCACAGAUGCACAGGAACUUGUUGCUGCCUUCCCCAAGAACCUUACAACAUCAGUGACUGUCUACAACAUAGGAUAUACCGACCAAGGUCCAUUUGAAAACUCCACGCCUUCUGUGGUAAUAUACGCCGAGGGAAUGGUCAACAUAACAACAACGUCUCAUGUCGAAUUUCCAUUUAACCCUGUCGACAUCUCGGCCUUCAUGAACUCGGCCAACGAGAUCGCUGGGCAGAUGAUAAAUCAGGAGGCAAUCAUGCGGAUUGUUAAAAGAGAUGGAUAUGGGGACAGCGCCACCUGUCGGGUGAUCAAUGAAGUAAGUCCGAAAUGGUGGUCACACAGGCCUAACUACAACUGACAGGCCAAAGAUAUUCAUUCGAGCCAAACCAUAGCUCAAUUUUUUAAUUUGAUAUUGCUGAUUGACAAAAAUGAAUGAAUAUGACCGACAAUCUAACACUGAUUCUCGGGAGGGUACCUACUAAACUUCCUCUUUUCCAAAUUAAAAAGAUAUAUCACCACUUUGAAACUAUAUUUUAACUGGCGGAAGAAUCAGGGCCAUUUUACUCUCUCAAGUGGUGAAUUUGAUCCACUCAGGUGUAGUCUUUCUAAAUGCUGAUUCAUUUUUAAAAUGAGCCGGUCGAGAUACACUUUUCUUGGCAGAUAUGAAAUGUCAAGACAUUUAUCCUAUCCACUGGUAGUAAACAUUCAACCCUCGAAUUUUUCCUUAUUUUUUUAUGAAUUCUUUUAAGAGCCACUUUAACUUAUGAGUUAUGGAAAAUGAAUUAGGCCUGUGAGAUCUGAUGGAACUCUUUUCUAAUAGUACUUGCGCAGAGAAUGACGUCACUGCUUUGCGUUAAUCCUCAGCUGAGUAUAUAAACGAUGAAUUCAUGAUGAGAGUGGGACGAAAUGAUUUAGAAAAACAGCAAAACCUGUUAUAGAUUGCAUCAAUACAUGAAAUGACAAUGUACGGAGCCCGCCAGGUGACAUGAGGAGAAAAAAUCUCCGUCAUUAUUUCGUUCCCACGAAAUAUUAUUUCGUGGCCACGCAAUAAUAUUUCGUUCCCACGAAAUACUAUUUCGUGGCCACGCAAUAUUAUUUCGUUCCCACGAAAUAUUAUUUCUCAUCUCUCCGAUCUGUACUAUUUCGUGGCCACGCAAUACUAUUUCGUGGCCACGCAAUAUUAUUUCGUUCCCUCGAAAUACUAUUUCGUGGCCACGCAAUAUUAUUUCGUUCCCUCGAAAUACUAUUUCGUGGCCACGCAAUAUUAUUUCGUUCCCUCGAAAUACUAUUAAGCUUAAGGUUAAGCUUAAGGUUAAGCUUAGCUAAAAAUCUGCAUCAUUAUUUGCAUAAAACAAAAACAAAGUAAUUUUUUUACUAACCAAAACAAAAUAAGUGCAGAACUCCCUUAUGUGACUAUGAUUGAUAUGUGUAAGUUACGCACAGUGUAAUGCCAACCUUAUCUUUGCUGGGGUCCAGUGCAGAAAGAGUUGCGUUUAAACGCAAGUCAAAAAAUCAGUCGCAAGCCCCAAAUGCGCGCUGUUGAUUGGUUGAAAAUCAAGUUGCGCAUGAUUUUUUUAGAGUUGCGAUUGACCGCAACGGGCCCCUGCUCUGUUUGUUUGUUUGAUUGGUUUUUUUUGCGUGUAUGUGUCCGAUCUCCUUGAAUGAAUGCUAAUUUCAUAAUCCUUUCUCGUCUUUUUCUUAUUGGAGAAACACGGAUUCUUUUACGUAUUAAUUAUUGCAUGUAAGGUAGACCUAUGCACAAUUUUAAAUCCUUAUCGUUUUUUUUUAUACUUCGUUUCCAAGCCAAUAAACUGAUAAUUUGUUUUAUUCAAUUCAAUUCUUUUUUUUAUUUCAUUUCCAUUCAAAACAUAAUACAACGUAAUAUAAAGUAAUACAAAUCAAGUACAAUUUUACAGAAGGGCAUUCUUACUUCGUAAAAAAAAACUGAAAAAAACCCAGUAUAAUAUAGAGCAUAAAUGGAAAUGAGGGGAUCCACUAAAAAGCAAAGCUUGUAAAGUGUGGAUCCCCCUUGGAAAUAAAGAAAGUAUAGUAGACUUAUUCUGAUAUGCGUACAUAUAUGUAUUACAGGAAAGAAAAAGAGAACAAAAAUCAUACGGCAUCUGCUGGCAUGCAAAAGGAAUAUGUAAAGGCGGCAACUGCACAAAUCUUCUUCAAUCUAUGAGAAAAUGUGUAGUAUAGGGAAGUUUCAUUACGUUAUCUGGGAUUAUGGUACUAUUGAUAUAAAAAUGGCAGGGCUAAAAAUGGCAGAGAUAUACAUAGGAAAGGUUAAAAUGACGGAGGUAAAGAUUACCGCUCUUUAACCCCCAUGCAAUAAAUAAUUGUCAAAAUGCCCCAACAUGUGCAUAAAUUAAAUAAGAAAAUUGUAUCUCAUGAGUGAGAGAAAUAAAAUUUCAGUGUUAGACUAAUGGAAAGGGUAACUUUUUUUUAAUCAUAGAAGAGAAAAUUCGUCUGCACCAAACUGCUAAACCUUAAUCAGGAUGGUACUUUUUUGUAAGGACUUACGUAUUCAGCCUAUAUUCACGUCAAAUCGCUCUACUAAUAUUCAAAUCUGACGCACAAUUCGGAAAGUUCACCCUGGCAUAAUGUUUAUUGGUAAACUAG